CAAAUGUGAACAGUGGUGGAAAAAGUAUAAACUGUGAAGUUGAGCUGUGGGACUGUGGUGGGGAUAAAAAGUGGUGCCAAAGGGGUGCUGAUGACUUGGUUGAGAGAAAUUAAAGAAAGAGGAUGCCAUGAGAGAUGGAGCAGUAAUGACUGAAACCACUGUAUAUUAGAAAAUGUUUGUAAAGUAGUUGGAAAGAAGUGGAUUACUAACUCGGGAAUUACUGAACUUGAAGAAAAGUGAACCAGAAAAUGGAGCAGAAAUAAAAUGGAAUGAGAUGGUAGAUCAUGUUAUGGAUGAAAAUACAGAAUAAAUGAGUUUCAGCAGAGAACGCAGUGACUCUGUGAUUAGGGAGCAGAAAACAGUGGUGUGUUCGGCUGGUGAAGUAACUUGUUUUAAGGGCACACACUGGUGACAGGGUAUACAAACAUCUUAUGUUGAUAUAAGAAUGGGAAAAACAGAUGUGGCAACAGAAGAAAUAAUUCAACAACAGACAAUAAAUGAGAAACCGAGAAAUGAGAAGCCUGAGGUUUGAAACCUGCUGGCCGGCCCUGAUGAAAGAGUCAAAUGGGAUUAUCAUUGUCUUCAAUCCCGAUUUGCCCAGACAUCUAAAGGAAAUAGAGGUGUGGUAUACUUCUUUUGUGUUACAGCAGCGAUUACAAGAUUCUCAGUGUUUACUGAUAGCACACCACAAGCCAGGAUCUGGUACAGAUAAAGAGCAACUACAUUUAGCACAAGCCUUGAGCACACUGAAACUAAUACACUCAAACCUAGAUGAUGACCCCGAAGAUGUGAGGACAGAAUUUAGAAAGUACCUUGCAAAAGUAGUCAGCUCAAUGUUCGAGCGCCAAGACCAAGAAGAGAUGUCAAUCAUUACCCAAAACUUCAGAAACUUGUAAAAACUUUGUUAUUGAAAGCACUGAGAAAGGUUUGAUUUUCGUUGGAAUAUACAUGUAUUUAUUCAAAAACCUGAGAAGCUCGACAGAAGAAUGUAAAUAAACUACUGGGCAAAAUACAAUGAAAAGUACUAAAAAGAUUUCAAGAAGUCUAAUUUAUUUUGUGGUAUAUAAAACUGCAUUCAUCAAGAAAGUCUGUUGAAAAUGUUUCAGUAAAGUUGUUAGCAGAACA